GAAGAAUAAGAGCACACAACUCCUAGACAGCCCAUUCUCCCCCAAAUUGAGAAUUUGUAAAGCAAUGGAGCAAACCCCUACGCCACCGCUACCGUCUCUCUCCGCCACAACCACCGCCCCUUCCGCCACCUAUCCCGAGUCUCUAGAUUCUUCCCCCCGUUCCCGCAACACCGAUUCCUGGGGCGAAGACAACUCAGUACACCCGUCUAACAAUGGCAGUAUGACAGUUGCGCCACAAGCGGGUCUCACUAAGCUCCGGCUCAUGUGCAGCUACGGCGGCCACAUAGUCCCUCGUCCCCAUGACAAGUCUCUCUGCUACAUCGGUGGGGAUACAAGAAUCGUCGUUGUUGACCGCCAUACGACUCUAUCAGACCUCACUCAACGCCUCUCCAAAACCCUCCUCCGAUCUUCAUCUUCAUCGUCGUUAAUAUCUACAACGGCUUCGUUUACACUUAAGUAUCAACUCCCGUCGGAAGAUCUCGAUUCAUUGAUCUCCGUUACCACCGACGAAGAUCUCGAGAACAUGAUCGACGAAUACGAAAGGCUGAAUCAAUCGUCCGAUGUCAGCAAAUCGUCACGGCUCCGUUUAUUCUUGUUUCCGACGAAACCAGAAUCUGCUUCCUCGAUCGGAUCGCUUCUAGAAAACAGUACUAAAUCGGAAGAUUGGUUUCUUAACGCCCUAAACGGUACCACGUCGGGAUUUUCCGAUACUUCAUCGGUGAAUUGUUUACUAGGUUUGGAAGACGAUGUUCCGGUUCCGGAGAAAAAAGAUGCUGAUCAGAAGGGUAUAAUCGGCAAAAAUCCCAAAGGUAAUACUUCUGCACAGGAUGUUCAUUCGGUGCCCGACUUGGAGAGGACGUCAUCGUUUGGGUCUGCUUCGUCAUCUCCGUCGUUGGCUAGCUUACCGCCGAUUAGAGUACAUGUGGAUGAUAGUUUAAAGGUUGGAGGAAUUGAGGAGCAGUUUUCUCAGAUGAGUGUACAGCAACAAAUCCACAAACAUCCAGAUGAUGGAGUUUACGUGGCUGCUCCUGCUUCGACGGUUGUGACGGGUGUGCCGUUGAGUUCUACGGCGGCGAUGCCGGUAGAUUACCCAAACCGAGUUUUAUCCGAGGAUGAGAGAUCCGAUCAGGGCUCUCAAAUUGCUUAUCAAAAGCAACAGCAACAGCAAUACCAGCAGCAAAAACAGUCUAUGGGCUUCGAUUUGGCCUCUUCAGAUUCUGUUUCAAGUGACGGAAGACAAAAACCGCCUAUGAUGUACCAGGAUCCAUUGGUACAAAUCCAAUCUUCUAACAACAAUCGAUCUGAUCCAAAUAGCCUCUCAGAUCAAAACACUAGAAUCCAAAUGCAACAACAACAAAUUCCAGAGUCUGCUUAUAUAAUGUCAAUGUCAAACAACCAAGUUGAUCCUCAGCAUCCUCCACUCCACCAUCAACAACAGCAACAACAACCACAAUUCAUCCACACCGCCGCUCCACCACCACAAUACAUCCACCACCACCCAUCCGGUGCAGUUCCCAUGGCAUCUUACUACCAAAUGUACCCAUCUCAAAACCAACACCACCCUCACCACCCACCCCUCGAUCAACAAAACUUUGUGUAUUACAUGCCUGCCACAAGGCAACCUCCCCAUGGAUACAACCUCCAAUUACAGCAACAACCCACUAGCUAUGCCGAAGCACCACCUGCAACUGCCGCCCAACAAGCACCACCUCCGGCUUACACCACCGCCAGAGCUCCUCAAACUGCCGCCAAGAGCGAAUUACCCGCCGGAGUUUAUGGAACGACAAAUUCCGGGAAUUCCCAAUUUGUCCAAGUUCCUUCAAGCCAACACCAGCCUCAGUAUGUCGGCUAUUCACAGCUCCACCACCCGCCGCCACAAUCUGUAGCUUCCUCCGCCUCUGGUGGUGGUGGUAAUUAUGGAUAUGAAUAUGGUGACCCUGCACAGGGACAGCAUAUAUACUAUGCAGCUCAGCCUAUGCCGCCUCAAUCUACUGCCCAAUAUCAGACCAUGACUGGUGGUGAAUCUGGUUCUUAUCUUCCUACAGAGAACAGUACAAAGCAACAACAGGGGAGAACUCAAUAACCAUGACACAUGUGACAUGAAGGUGAGUUUCUUGGAAAGUUUUGCAGUAAAAGUGGUAUUAUUAUUAUUAUUAUUAUUUUUCUUGGUGUUUAUUGAUAAUAUGUCGUUUAUCUUGUUCUUUGUGUUGGUUGGUGGUAUGUGUUUGUUAUAGGUACGUACAAUAAGAAUUAAGAACAAUUGGAAUAGAUUUUUUUAUUUUUCUUUUACUUGUGUAUUCUUCUUUGGAU